AUGAAUGACAACAAUCGAAAUCCCUGGGACGGCCGCCGACCGUCGUUGGUGCGUUGGUGGGAUUUGCCCGAAAACGAAAAUAACGAAAUGCCGGAAAAAAAUACAAGUUCGCCAAGAGCGAUAGAGAAUGCGAAACAAUGGAUCGAUCGAUCUUCGGGGCAGUCGAAUAAAAUUAGUAGCGCCAGUAACAAUCGCAAAGAAUCCAUUGCCAAAAAAUCGAACUGUCGAGAUAUCUGCAAAAUCAAUCCAUGCCUGUGUUUGAAGCUUAAAUUAGUUAUCAGAACCAACACAAAAUGCUUAACGGAUGACGUGUGCAAAUUGUACGACCGGUGGCUGUGUGGGCCGCUGGCCACCGACUCGGAGUUCCACAAUGAGUUGUUAUCACUCAUCAGUGUCCUCAAAAAGAUCAUAAAAGACUUAAACUGUACGACCAACACUCACUGUCAACUGGAGUCGUUGAUAAAACGCCACAGUGAAUGCCUGGCCAAGUACCACACGUUGUUAAUGCAAUUGGAUCAAGCUAGUAUGCCGAAAACCCGGAAACACAUUGGUAAUGCCGGAUGUAUACCACAAGACGGGGGGAAAAAAAAAAUUAAUAAAUAAAUUUAACUAAUGUUACAGAAAUUUAUUUUUCACGAGUAGUUAGGUAGAUCCAAAGUUGUUUAUUGAUUCACCGUCAUCUUGCUUUUAUUAUUUAAUUAUUUCGCUAAGUUUUCAAUGCAAGUAGAUAAUAAUAUAAUAGAAAAUUACAGUUAAACAACACAUCUGUCACCUUCAAGCCAAAGGGGCUGUGCGAAAAUUAAUAAAUUGUCUUAACUCACACUUACAAAUGCUGAAGAA